AUGAAAAUUUGUAGCUUUUUCUUAAAAUUCUAUUUCAGUAAAGGAUUAUAAUUUUUUAAUCCAAAGAAGCAACAUCAGCAAAGGUAAAAUAAAUACAUAAAAAAAGGAAGAAAUACAUAUUCAUGUUGAUAUUCAAAUUUUUUUUUGAAAAAUUAUGCAAAAAAUUGUAAUUUCAUAUCACAAUGAUAUUAUUCUUUAGGAGAUUAUUUUUAUCUUAUAAAUUCUUCAAUUCAGUGGGAUCAUCAUUUCCUGUAACUUUUUGUAAAUUAAUAGAAUUUUUUUAUUUUUAAAAAUUCAUUUUUUCAUUUCGAACUUCAAAAUCUGGGUUUGAGAAGGCUGAUAAUUUUUUAUUUGGAGUAUAAAAAGGUGAUUAUUAUUAAUAAAUGCAAAAGAUUGUUGAUUUAUUAGAUAUUCGAGCUCUUUUUAAAAAUGAUGUAUCUAUAUCUCCUUUAUUAGGCUCCUAUUUAAUGCAAUCUAACCAAUUUUCAAAAAUGGUUGUUAGAUAUUAUUAUUUUUAGAACAAUUAAAAUCUUAUCCUUAUUUAUUUCUUCCAUUUUUCAAUUAAAACUCAAGUUUAUAUAUAUAAAAGAUGAUUUAAAUAAAUGA